AUGAGCGAACGCCAGCCAAGAGGAAUAUUGCGGAACAAAUCCGUGAGCGACGAAAACAGCACUAGCCCCCACGGAAGUAGCUCAAGCCACCAUGUGUGCAACGAAUUAGAUAGACAAGAAGUUGUCAAAAACACUAGACUAAACGCCCAAUUGCAGGCAGACUUGUCGUCGAAGGGCGAUGCCAUCAGAGCCAAGAUAGCUCAGAUGAAGAGAGAACAGGGCAUAGAUGAAGCUGAGCCAGCUUCUACAUCGCACGAGCAUUUGAGGUGGGAUGAAAUCAACAUUUACAAAAACGAGCAGGAAAAGAGCGCAACCAUGAAGAUUGACGAGCCAAAGACCCCUUACGAAGGCGGUUUCAAUCCCGAAGGCGAAUACUACAAAGAUGAUGACGAUGAAGAUGAGGAAAGAGGCGGAGGCGAGGAAGAUGAUGGGAUUCCCGAGUUUGAAUUGGGUGAAGGUGAAUACGAUAAAUUGCCCCAAGGUAGUAGUUCUUCGCUUUAUGGCGGUCAAGUCAUUAAAGACUAUGAUGGCGAUGAACCGCAAGAGGCGGAGCCGCAGGAAGAACAGCUCUCUGCCGAGGAAAGACACAAGAGGUUUGAAGAAAAACGAAAAGAGCAUUAUCAUUUGAAAGCGCUUCCUUUGAAACACAAGAUAGAUAUCCCUGAUGAUGAUAUCGAUGUCGAUAACGAUGAUAAUGCUGAUGCCGAUGAUGUUGCAGAAAAAUGA